GAGACCGUCAGCAAAUCUCAGGCCGGUCUGUUUAAUUAAUAUUGUUAUUUGCUGACCACAUAAGGUCGCAUCGCUAUCUAUAUAUAUGAUAGUUAGAUAAUGAAACACACAGUUGCAUCUUGUAGAGUGAAGCUAUCCAGCAUGAGGGCCAUCAUACUGUCAGUCCUGGCAGCCAGUCUUGUUUGUAACGCGGUGGAGACUUACGAUCCUAAAUUUGACAACAUUGACGCUCAAGUUUUGGUGGACGAUAUUUUCCUCCUCAAAAACUAUGGAAAAUGUUUCUUGAACAAGGGACCCUGCACCCCUGAGGCAAGGGAGAUUAGAAAAAUAAUUCCGGACGCAAUUAAAACAACAUGCGCGAAAUGCUCACCCAAACAACGUCAACUGAUCCGUGUCGUAGUAAAAGGCUUUCAGACGAAAUUACCUGAAAUGUGGAAGGACCUUGAGGACAAGAUAGACCCCACUAAGGAAUACAGGCCUGCCUUCGCCGAGUUCUUGAAACGUUCCGAUUAAAACUUUUAAACAGACUGAUCAUGACUGAAAUGGAUGGAUUUAGCUUUUGUUUACGUAUGCAUCACAUUAUGAUUUUAAGUAAAUAAUUUUAUGUAAUAUUCUUGACAUUAUCAAUACUUGAAAAAUAUUUAUAAUAUAUUGUGGUUUUAUUA